AUGAGAAAGUCCUUGUUCGAACGCCAGAAAGCAGAGGCCGAAGCCAAACGCGCGAGAGAGAAGGCCGAAACCGCAGCCGUCUACGAGGACUUCCUCAAAUCGUUUGAAGACGAUGGCGAUUCAUCGUCAUCCCCUGCCACAGCAGGCAGGUCGCCUUCAUAUCGCCCUAGCAACCUUCCGCCCGGACCGUCGGCUGCAGGCCCAGCAAGGCGACACUUCACAAGCGGGACAAUGAAGAGUUCAGCGAUCGGGAGUUUAGGUCCUCCUCCGCAACCCUUUUCGAAAAAGCGGACAUACGAUGGUUACCCAACGUCGUCUCGAGACCGCGACACGAGUCGAGGCAUCUUCGCGUUCGAGAAUCCCGCUGGGCCAGUUGACGCUGCUUUUCGGACAUCUGAUGACGAGGAAGAGAAAACCGUGGAGAAGAAAGAAGCAGACAGAGCGGCCGCUAAACCCACUCUGCACCUUUCCUCGUUGCCCCCAGGAACCUCGCCAGCCGUCGUCAAAGCGCUUAUUCCGCCCGUGUUGGUAGUGGAUAAUGUUAAGAUCAUACCGCCAACCAGUCAAGGAAGCGGAGAACGAAAGAUUUGGUCUGCUAUUGUCACUUUGGCCAAAGAGACCGCUGCUACUGAUAUGGAUACAGUGGUGAGCUCGUUGCAGAAUAAAUACUUAGGGUGGGGGUUUUAUCUUUCCAUAUCUCGACACCUUUCCUCUGUUGCAGUUAAUGCUGCGAUACCUAUUACUCCCGGGCUUGCAUCCCUCACCUCCCAACCUUUUGGAGCCCGCCCGGUCUCGCAUGGUCCUGGAGCAUUUGGUCGUGGCCCUCCCGGUCCCCAUCGUUCUGGAUUUGCGCCUCCGGCUUCCUAUGGUCCUGGCUACGGUAAAAGGAGCGGACCGGCACUGCAAAUCGAUGUUAAACCGCCUUCCGACCUAAAACAGCUGAAGUUGAUUCAUAAAACAUUGGAGAGCUUGUUGACCUACGGCCCCGAAUUUGAAGCCCUUCUUAUGAGUCGCCCGGAAGUGCAGAAAGAGGAAAAAUGGGCAUGGAUUUGGAACCCUAGGAGCGUUGGUGGCGUAUGGUACAGAUGGAAGCUGUGGGAUAUUCUUACAAAUUCCAAAAAUGGCACUAGCAGAAGCCGAAUCUGCGCUGCUCCAGCGUAUAUCUUUGAGAACGGGCCGAGCUGGGUGGCUCCAGAAAAGAAAUUGGAGUUUGAAUUCAUAACUCAGUUGGACCAAUUCGUCUCCGAUGAAGAUUACGAUUCCUCUGAAGAGGAUGACUCCGAUAGAGAAGACGAGAGGCGUAUCAAUGAGGCCUCGAACGAGACAAGCGACGGGACUGGCCACUUGAACCCGCUACAAAAAGCCAAACUAGUUCAUCUUCUUGCGCGACUCCCGACCUCUAAUACGAGACUUCGCCGGGGCGAUGUCGCUCGCGUCACAGCAUUCGCCAUACAUCAUGCGGGGGAAGGAGCUGACGAAGUGGUGAACUUGAUAGUGUCCAAUGCAAAACGUCCCUUUGCUUAUACUACGGCAAACCCCGAAAGGCAGCGGGAUGAAACUGAAGCUCGAAAUGCAAAAGCAGAUGAGCCUUUAGAGGGCAAGGAGGCUAAUGGUGGCGAUGGUGAUGCGGCUGAGCAAUCGGUGAAGCUUGCGCAUAGAGAAAAGCUAGACACAUCACCUGCGCAACUAGUAGGGCUCUAUAUUAUCUCGGACAUUUUGUCGUCGUCGUCCACGAGCGGUGUUCGCCAUGCUUGGCGUUAUAGGCAGCUAUUCGAGACAGCACUCAAGAAUCACAAACUUUUCGAGCACCUUGGGCGACUUGAGAAAGAGCUCGGAUGGGGUCGCCUGAAAAUAGAAAAAUGGAGAAGAAGUAUUGGAAAUCUCUUGAGUCUCUGGGAGAGUUGGUGUGUUUUUCCUCAGUCAAGCCAUGAACAUUUCGUUCAGGUGUUCGAACGGCCACCUCUCACUGAAAAUGAACUGGCUGAGGAAAAGGCUCGAGUGGAGGCAGAGAAAAACUCUACGGUGUUUGGUGGGAGGGGUAAAGGCAAAUGGAAGACGUUGGAUGAUAUUAACGCGAAAGCCGACACAAACGAUGGUGAACCCAGCGCUGAUGCUCAGAAAAUGGACGUGGAUGUUGAUGGGCAACGUUUAACGGACGAUGAAAAUGUCGACGGUGGGCCAAUGUCAGAUCUUGACGGUGUUCCAAUGGAAGACAGUGACAUGGAAGAUCUGGACGGCCAAGCUCUGAAUGAUGAAUCUCCGGAAGCCCAGGAGCAGGGAUCUGAAAUGUUGAUGGAAGAAAAACAGCUUGAUAAGCCUGCGACAUCGACGCCCGAAUCUCCCGCUCAACGUCGUCGUCCCAAAGCGGAAGACAUGUUUGCGGAUUCCGAUUCGGAUUAA